AUGGCCUACACGGGGCCUUGCUACAACCAGGCAUCUCCUCAUUCGCAUGUUGGAAAUCACUGCUAUUGUGAUGGCGACGGGCUUUGCUAUACCAACGGACCUAACACGGAGCCCUGCGACCAUCCGGGAGAUAAACUUCCGGAGUGUCCCUACCCUGCUUAG